AUGUAUGGCCGAGGAGUAAAGCAUCUGUCACUAUCCUCCUUCCGCCAACUUGCUAUCGACGAAUACCAACGGAACCCUAUCCCAUUUGAAAAAGACGAAGACAUCACCAAUGCGCUGAACGACAUUUACAACGAGCUGCUACAGCAACCAGAUGACUACAUCGAGGACAGGGCGAUCAUGAUAUUGCUCCGAAUACGACGAAGUGAUCUCAGACUCUCCGCACUUGGUAUUGAAGCUACAGCAGCACCCUUGGUUGAGGCUCGAGGCGGAUCACGCCCCCGAUUCGUUGCGGCUCUGGAAUGUCUUCACGAGUCUCCAGCCUCCAGUCACCUCGAACGUUCAAGCAUCUGUGCUGCUGCACACGGCGACGUCGACCUGUUGGAAUACCUGCGAACGCAUUUCCAAGUCAACCUAGAUUGCCUGGUUGAGGAGACCAGCCCGGCAUCAGCUGCCAUAUAUUGUGGUCACGUCGGUGUCUUGGUUUAUCUGCAGGAGCACCAAAUCGCCAUUCUUCCAGAUCGUCGACAGGAAUUGUCCAUCAUCACAGCAAUUAAUAAUGGACAUCACGAGAUGGUCGAGUAUCUCCUGACGGUCGCUCGCGCAGAGGAGUCCCGAAUACCUGAGCUCUACACAAAGGCGAUUAUAAAAGGGGAUCUUGGCUCGCUUCGUCUCCUCGUGAAGGGCAUGACACCUCAGCUUCGAGCUUCAACUGGCGCGUCUUUCCUAGAGCGCGCCUUACAGUGUAGCGACAAACUACAAGGGGCAGAGAUUAUUCGAUACCUUGUGAGAGAAGCCGGGGUGCCUGUCGAUACUGUCAGCUUCAACGGGCGGACUGCGCUUCAUUCAGCGAUCAAGUCUGGACACAUGGAUGCGGUGGACCUUCUUGUCGACCUUGGUGCUGAUCUCUCCGCCGAAGAUCAGUCUGGACAAGCUGCCUUGGAAUACGCGGCCUCCCAUGACGGAUUCGUUCUCGAGCGGCUCACCCAGGAGACCCAGGAACUUUUCUCUUGUGUCCCAAAACUGAAACGUCAGAAGGUAUCCCUUGUUCACAGCGUCAGUCAAUCGAUUGCCGUUCUAAGAUAUCUACGCAUCAAGUGUCGAACUAAGUCCAGUAUUGUUCAAGGGUCUCAAGAGCAGCGAAUACAAGCUGUGGAUCGUGCUUGGGAGAAGGACAGGAUGAAUGAGCAAUUAGAGCACAUCUGGAUGCACAGCAUGUCGCUUACGGCCUUGCAGUGGUAUAUCGAGAGGAUCGAGCCCGUGAGAGAUCACUACAUGCAUGCCGCAUGGAUAUCAAUAGAAGUGCUUGCCGCCGGGGGCAACUUCACUUCGCAACCAGCCCCGGCGAUCCAUGGCGCGAGCGUUGAGAACAGCCAGAGGAUGGAAGCCGAAUUACUGUCAGCAGCACGAUGUAUCGUAAAAGCACUGACACCCUUUCAAGAUACGACCUUUCACGACAAGCUCACACGUGAGCUAUGCCACAGGAUCCCUAGCUCAGAAUUGUUCAAGCUUGAGUCUGUCCUUCGGGAUCGAGAAGCUGGACUUUACACAGCCGGCGACAUAGCCACGACCGUCGCCGAGUACCGGAUCAUCCAGGCUUUUGCACAAAACCAAGAUCUGGUGGUGGAUGAGGUGUGAUUGAAGGAGAACGUACCCAUGUGGAGC